AAAAAAGAUAAAGAUUUUCAUCAAAUAUCCUAAGUUUUGUUUUGUGUUAUAACGUUUUUUUGUCAUGUCCAGUUGGAAAGAUAUAAUUGAAUGAUGGAGUUGGUGAGAUAUAGGAAAAUGCAUAGGACCGUUUGACGAAGUCUCUUCAAAAAUUAAACGUUUUUUCCUUGAAUAACAUCGUUUGUAGAUAGAAAUAUGGAAAAAAGAUCAAAUUAAAACACGUGUAGAACAUAUAACCUACAAAGAUGUCUGUACCGAUACCUCUGACAAUUCGAAGCUCCUUUGGUAUAUCAGCUAUAGGAGGACCUCCGUCACUUAAAGCAUUAGAAGGAUUUCAAACUGUAAAAAGCAAAACUUGUAGGGCUCUACUUUUCACCCCAAAUGGAGAUAUUCUUGCAUAUUUGAAUGAUUCUCAAUGUGUAUUGCUUGAUACAAAUAACUGGUCUACCAAAGCUGUAAUACAGCCAUGUAAGGCCUAUCAAAUAACUUUCUCUCCAAAGGGAACUUAUUUGCUUACAUGGGAGCCGUUCACUGUUACUAAGGAUAACCCUAAUGGCAGUCCAAAUCUGCAUAUUUAUGAAACACAGACUGGAAAAUUAAUCAAAAGUUUUGAACAAAGAAAGCAAUCCAACUGGCAACCACAAUGGAGCUCUGAUGAGAAAUUAGUGACAAGACUUGUCAACACAGAUAUUGUGUUUUAUGAAGAUCUAAAUUUUGAUAAAAUCGUUACAAGAUUAAAGUGUUUUAAAGUAAGAUCUUAUUGUAUCUCACCUAAUCCUGGAAGUUAUUUUUUUAUAUGUCAUACCCCAGGAAGUCCUGGCCAACCAUCAUUUGGGAGAUUGUUCAAAUAUCCCCAACUUGAAAGUCAAGAUGCUAUUGCUAAUAAAAGCUUUUUCCAAGCUGAUAUGGUUGACUAUAUAUGGAAUUCUAAGGGAAAUAAUGCUCUUUUACUUACAAGUACAGAAGUUGAUAAAACAGGGGGAUCUUACUAUGGUAAACAAGGUCUUCAUUAUAUUGGCUUGAAUGGGCAAACUAUGAUGUUAACAAUGAGUAAAGAAGGACCAAUUUAUAGUGUUGUAUGGUCUCCAAAAAAUACUGAGUUCUGCGUAAUAUAUGGCUUUAUGCCACCUAAGGCUACGGUAUUCAAUUUAAAAUGUGAGCCAGUUUUUGAACUUGGUACUGGAUCUUUUAACACAAUUUAUUACAAUCCACAAGCCAAUUUGUUAUUAUUGGGAGGAUUUGGCAAUUUAAGUGGAAACAUCUACACAUGGGAUACAGUCAAUUGGAAACAGAUAGGUUCUUGCUUAGCCCCAGAUACAACAUUGCUGGAAUGGUCACCAGAUGGCGCACAUUUUUUUACAGCCACAACUUCACCAAGAUUAAGGGUCAACAAUGGAUUUAAAAUAUGGCAUUUUUCUGGUGCACUUCUCCUUGAGCAACCAUGUGUCGUCAAUGAAGAAUUAUAUGAUCUAGCCUGGAAGAAAUAUCCCAAAUAUACUUUCAAAGAGCCAAAAACUUCGGAAAAGGUUCAAGGCAUUGCUUCCUCUCAACCUAUAGCUUCAAAGCAAGCUUAUGUUCCUCCGUCCCUUAGAAACCGACCAACUAAUUCCAAACUUCAUAAUGUUGGUGAAAAAGCUCAUAAACCAGGUGGUGAUUCUGCACCUUCAAAGGCUGCAUUAAAACUUAAGAAAAAGAGGGAGGCAAAAAAGGCAAAGAAAGUGGAUGACGAUGCAGAAAAAGAUAGUGUAACUGCAGUCAGCACAGUUCAAAUAAAUUUAAGUGGAGAUCCAGAAAAAGACAAGAAGUUGAAGAAUCUGAAAAAGAAACUGGAUGCAAUUAAGAAGUUGAAAGAACAACAAGCCCAAGGAAAACUUUUGGAAAUCAAUCAAUUGGCUAAAAUAAAGGGGGAAGCUGAUUUAAUCAAAGAAUUGCAACAGUUACAAGUGUGAUCGUAUACAUGAAAAUUUAUUCAUUUCUAUUGUUGAUUUUCUUACAAUAAAUUAUAUUUUGAUGAUUUCCAAA